AUGGAGUGCGACGCCAAGAAGAAGACACUGCUGAAGGACCUGGACGGCUCGUUCCUGGGGGCCCAGGGGGCUGUGGUGCCCCAGUCGGAGUUUGAAUGGGGGGGAGACCCUCGAAGAGGUCUGGGGGACUAUCGCAUCCCCAAAGUGAUGCUGACCGCCCUGAACGGCAGCAGGAUCCCCGUGGAGCACAUCGCCCCCCACAAAGGCGUGAUCAGGAAAAACUGCACCUACGUGGACUCCUGGCAGAGCUACCGGUGCUUUGGGCUGGACUACAGGAUGGUGGUGGUGGAGAGUCUGGACUCGGACACGGAGACCCGACGCCUGUCGCCGGUCGCCGUGCUGGGCGGCGGCUUUGUGGACCUGAUCAACGGACCUCAGGACCAUGGCUGGUGUGCCGGCUACACCUGCCAGAAGCGGGUGUCUCUGUUCCACGCCAUCAUGGCCGCCGGCCACGCCUUCGACGUCUACUUCACCAGCGUCAGCCCACAGAAGCUCCGCCUCCUGAUGCUGAACUCUGACCCCGCUGAGAGCGUCCUGGUGUCGGUCUUCUACUCGAACCCCCAGCGGCUGGAUGUGUACGUCAACAACAAGCUAGUGGCUCCAACCAACGCCAACUGGAACGCCGACAGGACAGACUACACCCUGAUGGAGCCGACGUCCGCUGACGAAUUCGUUCCUAAGAUGAACGCCACUUUGGGCGCCAACUACUUUGACCGAGACUACAAGAUGCAGAGGGUCCUGCUGAGGGGCUCCACGCCGGUGGAGAUCCGGACCUCCCCGGUUCUGGUGCUGGCCUUCGACAUGCCCGCCAUGACCGAGGAGGAGUUCUUUGGGGAGAACCUGGUCCAGAACCUAGCCCUGUUCCUCAAGGUUCCCCCCAGCAUGAUCCGCAUCAGCAAGGUGGUGCGUGAGGACGGCGGGCGGCGCCGCAGGAGGAGGUCCACGGGCCUGACGGUGCAGGUGGAGAUUCAGAAGCCCCCCGAGCAGGAGAGCACCAACAGCACCAACGACGAGGACUUUGAGCUGCUGCAGAGGCUGGCUGAUGACCUGGGUCAGGCUGCCGUCUCUGGCAACCUGAGCCAGUCCAUCGGCUUCAACGUGUCCUCGCUGGGCGUGAUUACGCCGCCCCCCCCGUCCUCUGACCCCAGCUGGAAGGAGGUGGCGUCAGGUGAGGCCAGUAGGGAGGAUCCCAGCAGCAGCCGGCUGUCCAGCGUGGCCGCCCUGCUGCUGGUGGUGGAGCCACUGGCCGGCCAGACGGUGGGGCCUCUGCUGCAGCAGCCCAGCCUGAUGGCUGUGGACCAGCAGAUAGAAACUCCCAGAGCAGCGUCUCCAGAGGCUGUAAACCUCAGACCAGAGCUUCUGGUUUGGACCAGAGCUGCUCUGCCUGGUUCACCUAAAACUGACCUGAGCGGUGGUCUGCAGGGCAACUGCGUCUCCGUGGGCGUGACCACCCUCACCGCCACGGCAACCCUGGAGGACGCCAGCGGGGACCCGGCCGGCGGCCUGGGGGGCAACGCCACCAUCCGGUUCAGCUCCUGCUGGGCCAACUUCACCGGCCUGUCCGUGCUGCAGAGCGGUGAGUUUACAGCUGCUGGUCCAGCCAGUCCAGGUGGUCCAGCAGGUCCAGUCCAGCUAGUCCAGCUGGUCCAGCAGGGCCAGGUGGUCCAGGUGGUCCAGCUGGGGCCGGUCCAGGGGGUCCAGCUGGUGCCAGUCCAGCUGGUCCAGCCAGUCCAGCUGGUCCAGCUGGUCCAGCCGGUCCAGUGUGGUCUAGCUGAUCUAGUGCUGGUCCAGCAGGUCCAGGUGGUCCAGCAGGUCCAGGUGGUCCAGCCGGUCCAGGUGGUCCAGCUGGUCCACUUCCCGGGCGGCGUCUGUAACCUCUGCUGUGCUCCUGCAGGCCAAAACCUGACGCUGGCCUUCAGCCUGGAGAGUUGGGCCGCCCGCUCCGCCCCCUUCUCUGUUAGCCCCGCCCCCACCACGCUGGCCCCGCCCCCCAGCACCACCCAGGACGGCAGCAUCUUCAGCUCCAGCCCCACACUGGCGGCCGGCGGCCUGUGCCUGCUCAGCGUCAUCUACGAGGUGGCCUGCUGCUCGGGCGCCAUCCCAAUAUGCUAG